GGCAGGCGCUGGCGGUGAUUUGAUUGGGUGGGAUUGGAUAGCGACCGCCGUUUCCGGGUAGCCUCUGCAGAAGCUUCAGCAGUGUGGUGAGUUUUUCUUAAACUAACAAACCCACACAGUUAGCAGUGAACUUGCCUCCAAGAAACGAUCAACCAAUUGGAAAUUUUCUCUAGCUAUUGCAGCAAAGAUGAAGUUAGUCCUCUCCAGCAUUGUGAACGGUUGCCGUCAGGGCAAGUUGAUUGAAGCAGGACGGAACGGCAGUAAAAGUCUCGAUAUUCCUGGUUGCCUUCUUUAUACACGGACAGGCACAGCUCCGCACCUAACCCAUGACACGCUUAGCCUUGUAGAAGGAGUUCCUGAACCUGUGCAUCUGACGUUAUCUACACUUGCAGAGCAUCAAGAAGUUCUGGAAGAAUAUAAAGAGGGCAUUGGGAAAUUCAUAGGCAUGCCAGACUCGCUAAUUUAUUGUUCUUUAUACGACCCAGUUAGUCCAUGUCCAUCAGGGUACAACACAAAUAAAACUGUUUCAGUGUGGGGUGGAGGUGGUCGAAUUGAGCUGACGAUGUCAAAAUUCAUGGCAAUACAACAAGCUUUCAAGCCUGACUGGUACCAGUGUAUGGCAGAUGGAGAGCUACUGCCUCCAGGGUCGUCAAGGAAGAGGAUAAGUAAACUAGUGGAUCGAACUCUGUGCUUCCUGGAUGAAUGUCUCAAGGUGCAUCAGAAUUCAGAGGAUCUGAAGAACACAGAAAUUAUAGGAGCUGUAGAAGGAGGAGACAUUCUUGAGGAGAGGCUGCGGUCGGUCAGAGAAACGAUGAAGCGGCCAGUUGGAGGUUUUCUUUUGGAUGGUUUUCAGGGAGAGACCUUGCCUGAUGACCUGAAACUGGAUUUAAUCUCUUCAGUUACAGGAGAAUUGCCUGCAGACAAACCAAGGUUGAUCCAUGGGAUUGGAAAGCCAGAUGAAGUACUAGAAUGUGUAUCAAGAGGAGUGGACUUGUUUGAGGGUUUUUUCCCCUAUCAGGUUACUGAGCAAGGAAGAGCUCUGUCGUUCAAUUUUAAAUACAAGGAGGACCCAGAGGCUGAAGUGUUACACAGAAAUGGUUCUGGGGAUAAUGAGAUCAAAAGUAAAAGCUCGGACUGUGAAGGAAGGAUGACUGCUUUUUCAAUUGACCUGAAAAAUGAAAAGUUCCGUGAUGACUUAAGCCCCUUGGUGGAGAGCUGUGCUUGCUAUUGCUGCCAGAAUCACACACGUGCCUAUCUCUACCAUCUUCUACUGACCAAUGAGCUAUUGGCUGGAGUUCUCCUCAUGAUCCACAACUUUCACCACUACUUUGCAUUCUUCCAAGCUAUCCGUGAUUCUUUGAAGGAUGGUCACUGGAAGGAACUUAAAGAGCUCAUUGAAAAACAGAAGGUAUAACAAAGACAUAGUUGCCAGGACACAUGAUGGAUAUCUAUUCUUUAAGGCUUCUGGCAGGCAUUGGAUGCCGUGAUAUGUUACUGAGAUACGUACGCUCACAACUUGAGCUAGUUAUUUUAACAUUUUAUUUAAUUGGGAUCAGAACUUCCUAGCACUCUGACUUGUGAUUUCCUCUGUCAUGUGGUGUAUUAUUAACAUGUGAUGAUAGAAGACCAGCAUAAGGUCUGAAAUCUGUGCUUUGGUUCAUUGAUUUUUCAUUUGUGUUAUAUGUAUUUUAUAUGAACUAUUUUUUCUAUUAAAAUAUGGGAAAUGUAGUACCAUUUGAUUUGAUUUGA